CCUUCACAAAGCUCUCAGAGUUAUCUCAAACAUAACAACCAACCAACCAACCAACCACUCAGACAGCAACAACAACAGCAACAAAACAAAAGGAACGCAGCCAAUCUUGACCAGUUGCUGAAGCACAUCCUCACAAUUUCUAGAUCUAGCUCUGGCAAAUCGGAGCAUCACAAAAAUAUCACAAAACCUAUCCAAUUCGUUUGACACAACGUCUAUCAUGACAUUCAGAUCAUCCAUUCUCGCAUUGGCACUCGCUCUUCUCUCUCCCAUCGCAGCAUUGGGUGCCGGUGGAGAAGACAUUCGCAUCACAGAAACCUUUUAUCCCGCCAUGUCCAAUCAUGCCAAAAUCUGCAAGCACUAUUUUGGACAAUUUGCGGUUCCACUUGAUUUCGAAACGGACUUGCACGGCAUGGCCGCCAAUGCUGUGGCCGCAUGGGCGGCAGAACACGGAAUUCCCGCCACGCGUCAUGCCGAACAUUACUUUGUCACGAACAAUGGUGCACAAAUGUAUCCCGGUACCAACCAGCAUGCCUACUUUUUCGAAUAUCAUGCCGGACCGCCACCGGCCUUUUUCGAUGCUAUUGAAAAACACGGGGGAUUGAGUCUCGGAGCCACGAGCAAGUACGGAAAGGUCGUGUGCAAAGUGCCAAACAAUCCAGAACGAAAGUUGAGGCAAGUCAAAGAAGAAGAGGACGUCGUUGAUGAAGAACCAGUGGAGGAGGUCAAGGAAGAAGAAGAAGCACCCCGAAAGCUCGGAUGGGGAUGGUUCUAACUAAGCACGUACGUAUCACGAAAGAUUCCAAUACCCAAUCGAUUGGUGACAGGGAAAGCAAUCGAACGCGCCAACAGGAAAAGUUUACCAGCACUUCCCGCUGAUGACAACAAAGAUUCAAACGGACUGACCUCUCAAAAACGCACUUCGUAGACCUCUACACUAUGAUAUAGCCACUGUAUUUUCUUC